CUCGAACAGCUUCGAUCGCGAUAUGCGCGGUCGCCGCAUCCUGGGAGCGGUGUGUCUCUUGGCGCAAACAGCGUCCAAUCUGUACUUUGAGGUCCCGUUUACUCUUGAGAAAUACGCCAUGACCGCCGUUCUGGUCAAUGAGUCCGUGCAGCUGCGUGUACACGACGUGUUCGACGUCGGCAGCCAAGUGUGCAACGCGUCAUCGACGUCUACCUCAAGACUUGACUCGACACACGCGAAGGCAUUCCAACUCGUUGCCGCCCCAUCCGAUCGCCUUGUUGCCGUGGACGCUCGCCUCGUUUCUAUCAAAUCGUUCGAAGAAAUUGCUGAAUCUGGGGCAGGGACAUCUCACAUCGUCCCUCUCUUUCGCGACGCCGACGACGACGAAGUUCGUGUGCUGAGUGGGUUUGUGCGGCUGACGAUCGCCCACCCGUCCUCCAUCACGUUUGAGCCGACCCAAAGUCGACGCAGUACCGCUGUACACACGAAACACGCCGACACACCGUAUGCCAACGUCGCAGCAGAUGAUCCGGACGACGCGCUUCGGUUUCGCGUGCCGUUCGAGGAUCUCGUCAGGAUGCGGUGCCGCGUGGAAGCCGUUUAUGUUCAAAGCGCUGAAGCUGUCCAUCUUCGCGUCGCCUCCCUCGACCCUGUAUUACCUCCAGCAGAGUCACUCGGCAUUGCCGUGACCGAUCGGCUCGUUGCUGCCGACAAGACUCCCAUUGCUCUGCAACAACUAGAUGCGUUGCUGGAUGGCGAGCCAGGCACACGUGCGCUGUUGCCGUUGGUCGACAACGCAGGACAGGGAAAUCAAUUGAGUGGAUUUGUCCUGGUUGAGGUCCUGAAUGCGACCACAAUAGUAUUUGAGCCCUUCGAGCCAUCGCGAGUGGCAGCGCUGAAACAAUUGGCAGCGGCGAACCCCAGCCACCCGCAAGUACUAAUUCGCGACGAGGCGUCUUUCGCAGCGCCUGCAGGUGUGCCCGAGGCUGCGACUAGGUUCCACGGCACCGUCGCUGCCAACGGCAGCACAUCGGUGGAGACUACCUCAUCCAAGCCCACCCACCGACCCAAAUCUGACGUGUACCAACUUCCGCUCGUUGUAAACAUUGCACAAGACGAUGAUGACGACUCAUUGCGCGCUGACGGCCAAGGAAACGACGUGGCGGAUGCGAUCGGUAGCUCACGGCACCACAUGCAACCGACCGACGGCGCCGCACUGGUGAACCAUUCGACUCGCGUCGAAAUCAACGUGCCGGCCGCAUCGAGCGCAUCUCCUUCGAGCGAUCAUGCAGCUUUGACGGAUGCGGCCAUCGCGCACGACGAUGGUGACGAGCCCGUCCGUGACGGGAGCGGGAGUCGCUCAGCUCCAACGGAACCUGCUUCAGCGAUUAUCACUCCAGUUCGGAUAGAAGACAACCCGCACGUCGCCGUCGACAGUCUUCCAUCGGCACACGUCAUGGAGACCGCACCAGAGUUACCCGUCCAAGUGCUAUCGGUCGCAGACCAGCGCAAGCUCGGGGCCGCGUUUGAGUUUGAUGUUGUGUUUCCAACCAAAACGCGGCUGGGAAUCAACUGGAACGCCGACGUAGGCGAUCGCACUGUCAUCGAUUCCGUCGAACCGCACUCGCCCGCCGCCGCCCUCGACUGCCUCGAGCCGCGCGAUCAUCUCAUCGCCAUCAACGGGGUGAACGUGAGGGCGUUAGGUCCCACUGGAGUCGUUCCGGUCUACAUCUCGUCGUCGUGGCCCAAGACCCUCCGGUUUGGCGUAGAACCAGCCACGGCAGUGGCUCUUCCGCCUGCAGCCUCCGACAACAAGACUGAAACCCCGGCCCCUCUGCCCACAGCAGCGCGGCAUCAUGAUUUUCCCCUCGCGGCGCACGCAGAUGUCCCUGGUCUCCGGCGCCAAGGCGUCGCGUUCUGGUACGAAGUAACGCUGCCGGACGUGCAAAGCCCCGUGGGGAUCUACUGGGACCUGAACGCAGCCGACUUUCGCACGGUCGUUCACGGACUUGAACCGGGAUCCGUUGCCCAUCGCCUCAACGUCAUGGAGAAAGGCGAUCAAUUGCUUUUCGUCAACGAAGACAACGUGACUGCUCUUGGACCGCGGGACGCCUUGGCACACUACAAAGCGACGUCGCCGCCGCGCACGCUGCUGCUGUAUGCGCCUCCAGUCGACGUCGAUGAAGUAACAACUGAGUCGUUGCCUCCAUCCACGUCACUGUCGAAUGCACACCAUCUUGCGGAAGGGGACGCGUCGGGCGCUGCGGCGGUGCAGGACCCGGUCGAGGAAGCGCGGCGCGAAGCGUGGCAACUUGUCCCGCUGUCCACUGUCCGAUCGAAGCGCCAAGCUGGCGAAAUCGUGCAGUAUGAAAUUCAAGUCGCGGCGCCUGGGCCCAUUGGCAUUGUGUGGGACCGCCAAAUCGCCACGACAACCGUGGUCAAGGCGGUGGAGUCGCAUUGCCGGUUCCCGACGGUGGCCGUUCGAGACCAGCUCGUUGGAAUCAACGACAAGAACGUGUCGCUGAUGGGCCCGCAUCAAGUCGUCGUGUGGUACACCCAGGCGGCGUUUCCAAAGAGAUUGGUAUUUCGCACUGCGCGCGGCUCGGCGAACUCUCGCGACGACGCUGGUAUCACCGCCGACGAGCCCCAAAUCACUCGGCUCGUCGUGCAAGCCCCACCCGUACUCAAGGACUGGGUCGUGCCGCUCGACGUGGCGGAAUGGAGCACGUCCAUGGCAUCGACCAACGUUACGCUGGUGGCAGCGUCGCCCGUGUCCAGUUGCUUCAAGCUGCGUUUGCCCCCAGCGGCCUUAGGCGAUGUCGUCAUUGUGGUGGCCAUUCGAGGAGGCUGUUCCUUCACAGACAAAGCCCACCACGUCCUGCACGCGAAGGGGGAUGGGGUUGUGUUGGCGAAUAAUGUGGCAGGGCCAGGAACAUUUCCACGAAACAUGCCACGUGUCGACGUGCUGCCGCUCCCGGUUGCCAUGAUGCCGAGGGACGAAGGCGACAUGCUCUUGGCUGUGCUCGAAUUCGAACGGGCAUCCGCGACCUGGGAACGGAUGCCUGCAUCAAAGCUGGCCCCGCCGUUGCCUACCCCACGACUCGACCAUUCCAACGUCGACCUUGAAGACUCUUCGGCGCCGCAGAUGGCCUCGUUGAUGCUUUGGCACGUGAGCCAGAACGCCUCAACCACGACUUUGAUCGAGUAUAUUCCCGCUUUGUUUGGAACGCCCGUGCGCGAAUCGCAACCAUUUCAAGUCGUGUACUCCACCCCAAUUCAAACCGCGUGCCAUCGCGAUGAUAUCACCGUGCGGGGCAAAGGAUCAGUGGUGGUCAUCCGACGCGGGGCGUGCUCAUUUGGUGCGAAAGCCAAGGUCGUGCAGCAGUUGGGGGCACACGGGAUGAUUGUUGUCAGCACAGACGAUGCCCCCGUUGUCCUGGCCUCCGAAGACACGGAUGUGUCGAUCUGGGCCAUCUCAAUCGGGCGGCGCGAUGGCGACAAAGUUCAGGAAAUUCUCGCCACGUCGAUGAGUGCCAACACGCCCAUCUUGCUGCGAUUCAUGCCGGGCCCGCAGCUCGAUCCACAAGGCGCGACGUAGUAAUUCGACGAUGUUUUUUUACGACAGACAGACCUGAUAAAGAGUACGUCACCGAACUCGAGAGCAUGGCAGUGGCAA